GGGCAGCAGUGCUACUAAAGCGCCAUGCUCCUAUUAUGGGCAGCGACGUUCGUGACACAGGAUUUCACAGUAAACACAGAUUGUUUGCCACACUGGGAGUGAAGUUGCUAACGACUACGUGAGCUGUAAGGUAAGAAAAGGCUCUGGUUUGUUUCUUACUCUAUUUAGGGUUCAAAAAAAUCCCGCUCUGUCAUAUUUACGCAGACUUAUUUAGUAUAAAUGACCCGGAACUGGCUUUGUAGACACUGUGAGCCUAGUCAGACUGGGGCAGAGAUGGUCAUAAAAGCUUUUAAAAUGACUAUAAAUAUCAAUGUGCUGGCGAAACGGAUCCAGCAAACCGCGUAUUUAUGUGGGUGUUUUAUAUAGUAGGUAAAAGGUCUUUACGAACAAGCGUAGACAUUGAUGUCAGCACACAAUAAGAGACUCUAGAUCCUCUCUAUUAUCAGUCUACAGUUGACUAUUGGCCUUCUUUGGACUAUAGAGUGACAUAUUUUCCUCUUAUUUAGUCCCACCUGUCCGUGUCUGUAUCUGCAGGGCUUUGAAACCAAACUAACAGACACAUUGAGUCCAAACAGCAGACCUCUGAGUUUAAAUACAUAGAUUUACUCAUGUAGAUGUGCAACCAGAGUGUCUCUUUACGAACUAAAACCCCUGUCAUGUGUUAUAACCUGCUGUUGAUAACAUCCUACCUUGGUGUGUUCAUAACCCACACCUUUAACAAACGAGUGUGAGUGUGUUAGGAAAAUAGAUCCUAGGACAGUGUUUAUUUUGGCUCAGAUUUAAGAACAUAAGAGUUGCUCCGCUGGUAACCAAACAGCUGUGGGUGUAGAGAGAGUCAUGUGAAACUGAGAAACACUGACUGUUUAUGAACUGAUUGCCUAAGGAAGUGAAAGUGGUGGUGAGAUAAAAGUCAUAAUCCUCAGUACAAAAUACUGUUCCUCUCAAGAGUCUGAAUUGUUAAAUUUCUUUAUCCACAUGGACUACUUUUAUACUUUAUACUGUAGGUGAUGAUUUCUGGUUUUUAUCCUUCUUCUCUCUGUGACCACAAAGGACCACAAAAAAAGGAUCCAACAAGAACACAAGAAACCUCCUUUUUAACUUAUGAGUGGGUCCUGUGGGCAACUUAGUUUCAUUUCACAAGUAUGACUGCUGUAACUUGUGAAAUGAAACUAAGACAUUAAAAAAAAAAAUACAGGACUUUGCCAGAUUUCCCACCAAAGAAACUUCUGACUUACAUACAGAGGAAAUGAAAUACAACAUGAAGAAUUAGGUUGCGCUCGUAUUGGAUAGAUACUAGUAUCUGCAUACACCAAAAGUUGAGGUAUCUGGGUGGAUUAGCACUAUAAACGAGGGGUCAUUGCUUCCCUCGUUCUGAGUCUGUGAAUUAUGCACACCUACGGCUGCUGGAGGAGGUGGCAUUUCGUAAAACACUGGGCCCAUUGAUACCUGUAAGUGCAAAAAACACCCAGUGCUGAGACCAAAUGCAACCAUUCAUACUGGUUUUUACCCAAAGGGGAUGGAUACUCUGAACAAGAUACUCCCUGUUCUAGAGCAGGAAUCAUCCAGGACUGGUUCGAGAAACAGGUAAAAUUAUCUCCAACAGCUGCUCACUGUGGUUAUGGGUGGAGGAAUGGUAGAAUUUUUAUAAGGCACAUAUCACAGACUGCCAGCUUCAUUUUUGGGAUGUGUGGUGGUGGUUUAAGUCUCUUUAUAUGUGUGUUAUCUGUAUUCAUGUUUAUUGAAAACUGUUCAGUCUUCUUAUAAACAAAUCAAUAUGUUUUAUAAGUGGAAAAGUUUCUCAUAUUAACACGAAUUUCACAUUCCUUUUCAGGCUACUCUGUUAUUGCCCUAGUGAUGUGCUUGUCCCGUCUGGUGUAGUGGGAGUCUGUAGCAGAACCCUCUCCUUGACCUACCACCACCACCACCACCUUCUUCUUCCUCAUCCACCUCCUCCUCCUCCCUCCUGCUGCCCCUGUGAUGCCUCCCUUGCACUGUGGCUACCUGUCACAGUACACCCACCAUCACCUGGUUGCCUUCCUUCUCACCUUCUUUAGGUAAUCCAAACCCCAGUCCCACCUUAAAGGUCUUCCCCAAACUUCCUUCUUAAUGAUCCAGUGGGAUUACUUUUGUGUAAUGUUGUUCUUUCCAAGACUUUCGUGGCUAUGUUAUUGAGUUUUCUAGGAAGCUGUGGCCUAUAUUUACUCAAGAAAGUUUAAACAAAGAAGAAAAAAUACAUUUCAAAAAUAUUUCUCUGCCGUUUUGAAACAGAAAUCCAUACAGUGCAAAAAUGCAUAAGGGACGAACUGUUGAAUUAGGUGAAAGGUCUCUUGAGCGAGGUUAAACAAGGUCGGACAUGCUGGUCCAGAUAACUUAGACAAUAGGUAGUGAUUUCCUUUAGGAAGCCUGCUUCAGAGAUUAAAAAGGUCUUAGACAGAAGGGGAAAAUAACCUGUAAUAGUUUAGAGUUUUUAGAAAUAGGUAAACCGCAGCAGAUUUUGCAGAACAUUGAUAUUUAUCAUAUUUAUUGCUACCUGGUAAAUCCCAUGGUGUAUUUGUGAUUUUGAUUCAGAACUGUUAAUCUUAAAUUACAGUAGAUUUAUUGUCACACGUCUGCAGCCCUCAGUAUGACCCUCUUAUCACAGCAAAGUAAAGUGCCAUCUGCAGCAGGUAGUUUGCACAUAGUCCAGACGCCUGCUCGGCAAAAAAAGGGGUUUGAGUUUGUGUGCUUCUUCUAAAUUCUUUCUGUUGAAUUUAACUGCUGCUUCAUGAAAGUUUACCCCUCUGUUUGUUUAAAGUGAGCUUUUGUAGUUUCAGACAACUAACAAGAACUUUUCAGGGAUUUUUAAUGUUUAAGGUGUUUUCACGCCUAUUUCAGUAAUUCCAGUUUAGGGAACAAAUGGCACUCACACAGACCUGAUGAGACAGAGCAGAACUAGAAUUAUUGUUGAAGUGUAAGUAGUAGCUAACUUACAUUAAAUAUCUGGUUCAUUCUGUUUGUUUGUGUGUGUCUCUCCAGCUAUGUGCUGCUGCAUGCAUCUAGAAAGACCUUCAGCAACGUGAAAGUGAGCAUCUCAGCCCAGUGGACACCAUCCCCUCAGAAUGGCUCUGCACCCCCUUACUCACCAGGCGAGGUACUGAGCAGAGCUGAUCCACAAAGAUGUGUUACAGUUUCAGGGUGAAACGGAGAGUUAUUGUAUAUAUGCUUUUCAUUAUAAUGGGAAUCAAUUGUUCUUUUUUCUCUACAUUUCUGCCUUGUUUACAUUUAAGAAGAAAAAUAAUUUCACAGACAGAGUAUCACAAAGUGGUCACUGCUUUAUCCAGAAAUAACAGAGAAGCAAAAGAAACAGGGAAACAUAGAACCAUUAAUAGGUAGAGUUGAUUGUACUGAUUGUUGUACAAGGCUGAUCAUAAAUACAAACAGAUAAUGUCUGCAGACACUGCUGGCAGCCCGCCUCACUCUGACCUUGAGUCAACUGAUAGACAGUUUAUGGUAUACAAACAGGCUGUGCAAUGUAAAUGAAGAGGUCCUGUGGCUUUACUGUAGAAUAGAAUAGAAUAGAAUAGAAUAUACCUUUAUUGAUCCCCCAUGGGGGAAAUUUUAUUGCCACAGCAGCAACACAGACAAAGUAAGUGCAAAAAUGUUGAUUAAUAAUAAUAUAUAAUAGUAAAAAUCAUAAUAUUAAGAACUUAAAUGUUACUAUUAAGAAAAAUUUUAGAAAAGGAAAAAGGGAGAAGAAAAUAAAACUAUAUACAAUAUACACAAUUUAAGUACCAAAUAUAGUUAAUUCAACAGCUAUAGUUAUAUGAUAACUAUAAAGUAUAAUAACUAACUGAUGUUUCUCAUCCUAUUGAAUUUGCCUUCAGGUAUCAAUAAAGUUCUUCUUAUCUCAAACGACAGCAGAUCAAAUCUGAAACAGUUACUGGUUUCAUAUAUAUUCUGUCAUAAUCUUGAGAAUAUUGCAGUUUAGUGUUGAUUGAAAACUAUAGCAUAACCUGAUUCACUUUUUUUAGUUUAUAAUUUAAUGAAAAUCUAUUUCAAACAUGUUACUCACUUAAGUAAUAUGCUUAAAAUUAUGGAAUUAUGCAUGAUUUGUUUACUCAUUUGUUGUCUUUAACCUGAUACAAAAUAAAAUAACAGCAUGAAGUCAGCAUGAUGUAUCUGCUUACCUCCAUUUUAAUACCCAGAAUCAGUCCUUGAAAAAUGAACACUAGUUGACCACUAGACUUUUCAUCACUUGAUCAGAAUAUCCCACCACGCUGCUUGUUUCACAUCUGCUUUCAAUUUAUUAGAAUAUUUACAACGCAUUGUUUUAACAUGUGUAAUCUCUUUAUUCUCAUUUAUGGAACAAACUGAGAACAUUUUUAUAGUUGUCUCGGCGCUUCAAGGUUUCUGUACAGUAAAUGUUUUUAUAAGUGAAGCUGUCGGAGCUGAGAAAGUGUUGAAAUUGUUCAUAAGCUCGGGUGCCAGUUUGUGGUUAAAAUGUCACUUCAUGAACAGAGGCUACAGUCCUUCUCACAGUGGUCACUGGUCCAACUCCAAGCCUCGAUCCCUUGCUGCAUGUCAUUGCUCUGCCCCCCUUAUUUCCUGUCCCUGUUCAGUUGUCCUCUCCAGUAAAAGCUAAAAAUGUCUAAAAAAGUACCUUCAAAAUUAUGCAUCUAAAUGAGGAUGUGCAGAAUUGUGGCACUCCUAAUCAGCAUGCAAUCAGGAUGUUGCUUUUCUUGUACACAUAGAUAGAAUUAUCUGUGUCGUCUCUGUGCUUUCCCAGACAUGGGAGGACAAUCAUCUGUUUGCAGAUGAAAAGCAGGCCACUUUGUUCCUGGGAGCUCUGGACUCCAUCUUCCUCUUUUCAUAUGCAGUGGUAAGUAGCAGAACAUGAUUUUUCUGUUUUUUGGUGAUGGGAAAAAUUCAUUUAGACUGGAAAGACAUGCGGAAUAAGAAUGGUGUCCUCUCGUAGUAGUUCAGUUUUGAGUAUUGAGAUGCUUCAUGUAACACUGUUAACCUGUAACUGUCCACACAGGGUCUGUAUCUGAGUGGUGUGAUAGGGGACAGAGUGAACCUGCGUUAUGUGCUCUGUUUUGGCCUGUGUGGAUCUGCGGCUGUGGUGAGUAUGAAGACCUUGCAUACUGCUGCAUGUGGAAUAUAAGUAAUAUGUUGGAUUUAAACUGUAACUGUGUUAACAGGAGUUCGUGUUCGGCACCCUGACUGAAUGGCUCAAAAUCUACAACAUCUACCUGUACUGUGUCCUGUGGGUGCUGAAUGGCCUGCUUCAGUCGGCUGUCUGGCCCUGCGUGGUGGCCGUCAUGGGCAACUGGUUCGGCAAAACAGGGUGAGGUGACAUUUCUCUGUCUACAAAGUGCACGCCUUUUACAGCUGAAUCAUGUGCUCACAUCCAAACUUCAGUAUCUACGCAGCCUUGAAAUGUGUAGCAGAAAAUAGCAGAAGUUUGUUCUCUGUCAAGUUUGGAGAGGGAAAUGAUGAGGUUUGCAAAAUGAUAUCCAUUCACUGCUGCUGCUGCUAAACAAAGACUCAGUUUUCUCAGAGGCAGGACAUAUAAAAAGAAUUUGCUGAUUGUAAAGAAAUAGUAUUUGCUGUUUUUAUUGAAUUCAAGUUACACAUUGUCUGCCAGUAGGAGAAACAUACUCAAAUCAUGUUUUAAAUCUUUCUUUCUGACAUCAUGACUGCUCUUUUUUUCUAGUCGUGGCUUUGUGUUUGGCCUGUGGAGCGCCUGUGCAUCUGUAGGCAACAUCCUGGGUGCCUUUCUGGCUUCAAGCGUGCUCAAGUAUGGAUAUGAGGUAUGAAACACUCAUUUAUGGGAUUUGCCCAAAGGACACAAAAUCUUCAUUUCAUGACUAUUGGCACCAAGCAUUUUAUGCCUUUACAUUAAACUUUGUACACUUAGCUCCCAAUUUAGCCGCAUAAGCAUAAGUUGGCCAUUGUCAUAUUAGCUCAAUAUAAUUUCAGUAACAAUUGAGAUGCAAAUCCAGCUGGUACUGGCACAAACAGCUAUGGUCUAAUUUGGUCGGAGAAACACAUAACUUGCCAGUUUUUUGAAGACUUUCGGAGAGAUACUGAAUCAACCAAGUGCGGAAGAAAGAAAAAUAGACUGGCAGUGAAGCUUACUGUCGAGCUUUCUUGGAUGGACGCAUCUUUGAUAGAGAUGAGCUCACCCUUUAUAAUGUUACAGUGUUAUUCAGCAAACACUUCUGUCUGUACAUUUGAGAGUAAGUAUAACAAAAUCAAAGAUCUAGACAGAAGGAAACAGCAUGAGUGAAUGCCACAAACUGCCCCAAGUCUAAUCAGGUGUAACUCUGUAAUGCAGUGUUAAUGGGCAAGCCUCUAACAUUGUCCUGGCACAACAGGAUGGCACAACUUAACUUCAGGCUGUGGCCAUGUCACAAAAUGAGCUGUUUGAUGAAGCUAGAAAACAUGCCCAGGGAUUACACCACUAUCUGUGUGUCCCCUGUGAUGAAAUUCUGCCAGGGUUUAGUCCAGACAUCCAACAUUAUAACAUUAUUGUAAAUACAGAUCUGCAUAAUAGGCCUCUCUUUUAAUGUUUUAAUCAUUUGAAUGCUAAAAGGAUGUCUCUCCCUGUGGCUGUGUGCAGUAUGCCUUCCUGGUGACCUCUGUGGUGCAGUUUGCUGGUGGGGUGGUGGUCUUCUUCGGCCUUCUCACGUCCCCUAAAGAAGUUGGUAAGGACUGGAACAACCAACAAAUUCUGUUAACUUCUUACUGACCUUAUUCCCACAAGGACUGUUUUUAGCUCGUGUCUCAUGCAACAGUUAAGUGUUUAAUUACCUUAAGUCUUGAUUUGAUUUAGGCUCCAUAGCUUCAAUGUGUGUGUGUGUGUGUGUGUGACAGGUUUAAGUCUGGAGUCAGAGACCGGACUCAGCCCGGUGGAGACGGACACAGACAGCCACAGGCCUCUGAUGAGCGACGAGGAGGAUGAGGUUGAGGUGUACGGCACACGGUAUGACUCAGUUCAGCAGCCUGAGGAACCCGUAGACGAGCCUCCUCGAGCUAUCGGAUUCUGUCAGGCUUUCUGUCUACCUGGAGUGCUACCUGUGAGUCUAAACCAAUGAUUCAUAAAGGGUUAUUCCAGAGAAUACAUGACAUAAACCAACACUGACCCCGCCCCUCUUUGUGCUGCAGUAUUCCCUGGCAUAUGCAUGUCUGAAGCUGGUCAACUACUCCUUCUUCUUCUGGCUUCCUUUCUACCUGAGCAACAACUACGGCUGGAAGGAGGCUGAGGCUGACCGCUUGUCUGUGUGGUAUGAUGUUGGAGGAAUCAUUGGUGAGUGGGAGGCAAAUUAGCACACCUUCAGUUCUCUGUAUCUUUAUCUCUUUAUUCUCCCGUGGAAAUGUGAGAUGGUACAAAAUCACACUCUCCUCGAGGAGGUCUGGACUGGAGUUAACACAAAGCAUGUCUUUGUACAUGAGAUAGAUAAACGGAAGAUAUUCCCUUGAAAUACACAACCGCUUAUAAUGUUAGUCAGGUUAAUAAAUGCAUUUUGGAUCCAAAACAUGCAUGAUGAUAUACAAUCAAAGAAGUAGAUAUACUGAUCACAACUGUCACUUGUUUAUCACAAUGCCUGUUGGCCUCAUUCUAGAGAAAGAAAUCUUCUCUCAUCAGAGUCUGAUUUUGAAGACUCUUUUUCAUUGUAUCUUUGAUAUUUUGUGUUUUCAUCACAGGUGGGACAGUCCAGGGUUUGGUCUCGGACUUCAUGGGUAAAAGAGCGCCAGUGUUGGCCAUAAGUCUGGCACUGGCAAUGGGAGCCCUGGUGGGAUACAGCCGUGAGUAAAGCUUUGUCAGAAAAAGUCGAUUUACAGAUCAACAUAUAAAUGCUUUAGCCAAGAAAAGUGAUAAUUGUGAAACUGUUGCAGGUGUAACUCAAGCCAAAGAACUAAAAAUUCAAAUUCUUAAAUUAAAAGAUUUGAUGUUUUUUGAUUUUUCCCCUCUGUGGUAAGAAAGGUUGAGUUUGGACUCUCAUCUAAGAUAUAAGAGCUUCACAUUUGUCUUUUUUAGUUUUAGUUCCCAUGAUUAUUUGAAAAUUGAUGCAGACAGUACAUACUGCUAUUACAAGGCAGGAAAAUCACUGCCCUGUCACGAGGGAUGGGAUGAUAUUUUCUCCCAGUUCGAUUCUUCCAAAAAAAUUUUCGGAUGCCGAUUCGAUUUAAAUUGCAAUUCUACGAUAUUGUCGAUUUUCGCAAUUUUUAGUCUGCAUUUUUAAUACCAGUGAAACAGUUGAAUGAUUGUCUACUGACUAUUCCAGGAACCAUGUUUCUCCAAAAAAUACACAUCACAUUUAAGGCCGUUUUUAAGAUUUACUCUUAAAUUUGAAAAGAAAAUUGAUUUUUGAACAAAAAAAUUAUUUAAAAAUUGGAAAACAAAAAAUUGCGAUACUUAUGAGAAUCAAUUUUUUUCUCCCGCCCCUACCUGUCACUUCUUGUCUGUGAUGUGUAACUCUAAGGAGCGUAAUAGUUGGGGUAGAGUUGUUUUGCCUCUGAUCCUCAUUGGAGGGCAUAACAGAGGCAGACAGUAGCAAUGCACGUUGUCAGAGCCGUCAGGGCAGAACAGCUCUGUGUGUGUUUUUGACUGUACGACAAUGUUGCACCAGUAUUACACCCUUUCAGGGCUCAGUGAGUAAGUAUCUGUCUUCACCUCCGUCAGGCUCACCCAACGACCAGGUGAUAAAUGCAGUGUUGUUGGCCGUCACUGGCUUCUUCAUCGGGGGUCCAUCCAACAUGAUCAGCUCAGCCAUCUCUGCUGAUCUGGGGAGGCAGGAAGCUCUGAGGGGGAGUCAGGAAGCGCUCGCUACUGUCACUGGUAUCGUGGAUGGAACUGGAAGUAUUGGAGCUGCUGGAGGACAGGUGAACACAAAUCAAAAAACAUUUACUGAAGUUAAUUCAUAAUAGAGAUUUUAAUCGAAACUAUUAAAAGCAUGUGUUUUUAUGUACUCACUAGCUUUUAUUUGCAUGUUUUUAACAUAUUUCUGAUCAAAAUUGCAAGAGUUCCACAGCGCUGAAUUGAGAGGCAGGAAGUGUAAAAGCUCAGAGCUGAAGAAUAUUUGAUGUUUCUAACUGAAAUGAAUUUCUCAAUGGUUAGCUAAUCAAUUUCAGUGACAGGUAAUAAUUAAUGAGUGGAUUUUAGGUCUGACUUUACACAUCAUUAUGCACCACUGUGGUCAUACCUAAGAGAUCAUCAUUUGACUGUCAUAUCUCUAUUUCCCUCUAGUACCUGGUGUCACUAAUAGAGAGUAAGCUGGGUUGGAUGCGUGUGUUCUACUUCUUCAUCGUCAUGGUAAGAAGUCCUCCUGAGAGCAGCUGGUUUUCAUGAAGCUGGCCUUUUGAGCCAAAUUAGACAUUAGAUUAGAUAAAUUUAGAUCAGAUACAACUUCAUUUACAUGUGGCGAUAGGAAAUAUAGUUCUGCUUGCUUGUUGACAUGCUUUUCCCCUCAGGGAUAAAAAAAAGUUCAUCUUCUUACCUUACAAAAGAAUCUUUUGAUAUCCUGUUAAUUAAAAUGCCAUUAUAUUUGUGCUCUUCUGCCUCAUCUGUUAUACAAGUAUCAGGAGCUGCUCAUGUGAUGAGCUGAGGGGGAUGCUUUUUACCCUGUUUAGUUCUAUUUUAAAACCUGCUGCUACAGAGCAUCAUGAGAGCCUGAAAGAUAUAAAUAAAAGUGGGAAUGUCAGUUUGAGUAAUAUAAAAGUUUUCCUCACAUGCUGUAGGUUGUGCCUUUUUUCCCUAUGUAUCUUUGUUGUAGAUAUAGCUGAACCAUUACCCAUCUUUGACUCUCAUUCUUGUGUAUUUAUCUUACAGACAGGGGGCAGCAUUGUCUUCAUCACUCCCUUGCUCAUCAAAGAGGUCCGGGCCAUGUGGAGAGACAGACAUGCUCUUCGUCGACAGCUGUGAAAGUGGCUCAGCAUCUUCCUGGUAUGAUGUAUCUGGUGUUAUCAGCCAGGCAGCUUAUAGGAGACUUUUUAGACGUGGAACGAUUUGGUGGAUGAUAUUUUUCUCCACGAUAAGAGUUGAGGGGGGCUGAAGUUGGAGAGGCACCUGUUAAAACUCCCACAAACAUCUGUGCGUGUGUGUGUGUGCGUGCGUGCGUGCGUGCGUGCGUGUGUGUGUGUGUGUGUGUGUUAGCAGGCUGAGAGUCUUUUCCGCUCACUAACCUCUUAACUGUACGUGCACACUCUCAGUGCCUGACUAAAUCAGGCUUUUAAAGGGAACCAGUCUGUGGAUUCAGGCCUUGUGAGGCCGUCACAGAAUGUACUACUGUAUAUAUUUUAAGAUUUGAAUGGAUGUAAUUUUUUAAGAUGCUGUUGAGUCAACUUGAAUCAAUCCUUGUCCCCUUAAAAGAGGAGUUCUCAACUUAAAGAUCAUGUUUCUCUGAGUUUAUUCAGGGGCUGGAAUUACCUUAAGAAUGUGAAUAAUUGUAAUGUAAGAUUUCAUCUUUUUGAGCCUUUUAGGCUUUUGUAGAUAUGUAUGAUACUUUAGGUGAGGUAAUAUUGCACUAUAGUAAUGUAGUUCUUGUGAUUAGGCAAGGUCUUGAGGAUGAUACUGAACCACUUCAAUCUUAGGCAAGGUUUGGGAGACUUAAAUCUGACAGCCACUUGAUUUCAAUCUGAUUUCAGGUUUACUAACUUUACUGUAGAGUAUUUUUAUGAUGGGUACUUUUUCUCUUGAUUCAGUACGUGUCUUUCCCCUUUUUGGACAUGUGCUCACCAUUCCUUUUUCACUUCCUGUUUGUGGGAACGUUUACACUUCAUAUUUAAGUGUCUUAACUGAUAAAUCUCUUUGUAAACCUUCACACACUGACCGACAAUCUCUUACUGUCAUCUCAGACCUUUAGUUUACUAUCUAAAAGACUCGUGUUGAAAGUGACUUUUCGGAAGAGAAGUUUUAACUGUUUGUUGCAGGUUUGCACAUUUGAUUGUUGGGGCAGCUGGACUAUGAAUUAUUAACAAAAAACUAUUUUUAACAAAACAUACAAGAGCAGAAACUCUGUAAUCACUAUUGAUCAGGGUCAGACAAUGAUUCUUAAACAGUUACCCUGCACCAGACAAGGUUUGGGUAGGUUUCCUAUUUUACUUAACUCUUUGUUUGUUGACCGGUUCAUAUUUUUGGGAAGACGUUUGAGUUUUAAAUCAGAAACAAGGUUAGCGGUUAUGAAAUUUCCAGCCUCAGUCACCAGUCUACAAAAGUGUGCUGUAGAUUCCGGACUCACCAGGUGAAGUGCUUUUGAGCACUUUUCACAUCAAACCCAGAGGAGAAGAGCUGAAACUGUUUGUGUCUUUAAAAAAAUGUUAUAGAAUGUAAACUGAAAUUUAUGUGAGUGUUUAAAACUAUCUGUGGUGAAUUUUGUUUAUCAUUUUUGUUCAUGUGUAAUAAUGUCUUAACUAAUGUAUAUUUCAUUUUAAAUAAACAAAAAAUACAUUUUGCACAA